GUCUUACUUCAAAAGCUGUAAGAUGAGCUCUACCUACCUACUCCUAGAUGGGAUGGAUAUCUAAGAGUCACGUGGUAUGCUAAAAUGUUCAGGCGCGUCGAACAGCAUCGCGCUUGCCACUUUACGCGGGAAUCAAUGCAGCUGCAAUUCACCUACCCCCAACAAAGCAAGCAAUCAAUCAAUCAGGCAACUACCCCCCUUCCUUCUCUUAACAUGGCUCUAGAAAGCUUCGACAACAUCUACCUCGACCUCUCCAAGGAAUCAGGAAAGUGCCGAUUCGCAGAGAAUGGUUUUGGCUGGAAACCGUCUGGGGGCGGCGACACCUUUACGCUUGAUCACAGCAACAUCGGUGGUGCGCAAUGGAGUCGCGCAGCCAAAGGGUACGAGGUGAAGAUUCUGCUGAGAAACUCGGGCGUUGUUCAGCUUGAUGGCUUCUCCCAAGAGGACUUCGAGCGCAUAGGCAAGGUUUUCAAGAAUUGGUACAGCACGAAUCUCGAACACAAGGAACAUGCGCUGCGAGGCUGGAAUUGGGGCAAGGGCGAGUUUGGAAAGGCAGAGCUACAAUUCAAUGUCCAGAAUCGACCUGCUUUCGAAAUUCCCUAUUCAGAGAUCUCCAAUACGAAUUUGGCUGGCAAGAACGAGGUUGCUGUUGAGUUUGCUCUUCCUGCGAAUGGCGAUGAUACGGGUACAAAUGGGGCAUUGGGUGGUGCUCGCGGAAAAGGCAAGAAGGCCGGUGGUGGCAAGGACCAGCUUGUCGAGAUGCGAUUCUACAUUCCCGGUGUCACUACGAAGAAGGAGGCUCUGGAGGGCGAGGAUGCGCCCAGUGAUGCUGAAGGGGCCGAGGCCGAGACAAAUGCUGCCAAUCUCUUCUACGAUACUCUGAUGGACAAAGCCGAGAUUGGUGAGGUGGCUGGCGACACAUUCGCAACUUUCUUGGAUGUUCUACAUCUUACUCCCAGAGGACGUUUCGAUAUCGAUAUGUACGAGAAUUCCUUCAGACUUCGUGGCAAGACAUACGACUACAAGAUUCAAUACGACAAUUUGAAGAAGUUCAUGAUCCUACCUAAACCAGAUGACUUACAUUACAUGAUCUGCAUUGGACUCGAUCCCCCACUUCGACAAGGUCAAACGAGAUAUCCCUUUUUGGUUAUGCAGUUCAAAAAGGAUGAAGAGGUUACGAUUGAUCUGAAUAUGACCGAGGAGUUGAUGAAGGAGAAGUACAAGGACAAGCUGGAGCCACAUUACGAGUCACCAUUACAUCAAGUUGUCACCCAGGUCUUCCGUGGACUUACAGGGAAGAAGGUCAAUCAACCAGCCAAGGAUUUCCGAAGUCACCAUCAACAAUCUGGUAUCAAGUGUUCUAUCAAAGCUAGUGAAGGUUUCCUUUACUGCCUUGAGAAGGCUUUCAUGUUCGUCCCUAAGCCUGCAACCUACAUCCAAUUCGACCAAAUCGAAUACAUUGUCCUUUCUCGAGUUGGUGGAGCUGUGUCUGCGUCUCGAACAUUCGAUAUCACUGUUCAGAUGAAAGGAUCUGUCGCCGAAUCUCAAUUUUCAAACAUCAACAGAGAAGAGCAAAAGCCUCUAGAGGACUUCUUCAAGAUCAAGGGCCUGAGAGUCAAGAACGAGAUGGAUGAGGACAGCUCGGCCCUUCUCGCGGCUGCUCUCAGAGAACCGGAUAUGGCAUCCAGUGACGAGGAAGUUGUUGCAGCUAGAGCAGACAGAGGAAGUGCAGACGAGGACAGCGAGAGCGCGGAUGAGGACUUCAAGACAGACAGUGAAAGUGAUGUUGCGGAGGAAUACGAUUCCAAUCACGAUAGCAGCAGUGGUAGUGACGAUGAGGAUGGACCUGGAAGCGAUGCAGAGGAAGAGCGGCCUAAGAAGAAGGCUAAGGUUGCUAAGUAGGUGGGCCUGGUUUGUAAAAGUUGCAUACUUGGGCGUUUGGGGCUUGGGAAUUUAGCAGCAGAUACUUUUAUGCCAUACCAAGUGUGGUCUUCUGAUAAUCAGACUCCUCGAGAGUCCUUCAUUCAUCCCCUGCUGUUCAGUUUUCGUUCAGCCAGUUCAAGUUCAAGUGCAGGCGAGUUUGAGCAAUGUUCGUUCGCUUUAAGAUUAUAUUCGCCGUUCCUACAGCAUCUCCCAAAAAUCUACCUUCCUCCAAUAUCACUCUCAACUCAUCUCACCGCACAUCUCCACCAAACCUCCUAAGCCCUCAGGGCCCUCGCCAUCUUCUUCCCCGGAAAGUUAUCCGUAAAGCCAAAUUGGCACACAUUAUUCGCAUCACAGCCAUUGUUCGGCACAUUAUACGUAAAUGUAUUCGUCGGGUUCGUAUACGUUGCCGCAAUCCCUUCGUUGAUACUAUUCCACUGGUAUGUCAGGGUGUAGCCUUCCAUGCAGGGGAUACUGCCGGAGGCUGGGAGGGGCGAGGUCGAUGCCGUGCCGGAGCAUUUGGGGGCGUCGCCGACGAGGCCGUUCAGCACUUGGAGGGUUACGAGGGUGGGUGGACCGGUCUGAUGGGGGAAAGGAAGUUAGAUCAGUGAAGGAGAUGGGAGGGAGGUGGAUAGGGAGGUGGAUAUAUAGGGACAUGAAUAGGGAGGUGGAUAAGGAGGCUACUGACUUGACCUGUGCCUGUGAUGGCGAAGAUGCCGUCAGCUGCGAGGGUGCUGCCGGCGAGGGCGAGGACGGUGGAUGCGGUUGUGAACUUCAUCUUGAGAUCUAGAGUUGUGUAUGAACUGUUGUCUGGUGCGUGGAUAUAUCCUUCAAUAGGGAUCUUGCAACUGAAGAAUGGUAAAUCUGAAUGUGUU